UAAAAAAUAUGUUCUUACAAUUUUCACUCAUCUCUUUCUUCUCUAAAAUCAAGGUCCAAAGCAGAAAAGAGUGGAUUUUUGUUGCCCAUCCAUUCGUUUCCCGAAAUCCUAAUCUGAUUCCUUCUGUCUAUGAUUUUUUUUUUUUCCAUUCUUUAAUGACGUGAGAGGAGCUACUUUGAUCUCUUGCUCUUGAUGACGACAAUGGAAGAAGUAACUUUUCACUUUUAGGUCUGAGAUUUCUCAGAAUCAGUAGCCAUGGCACUCAACUAAUCACCAUUCAACUCUUUGGAUUUGGACUGUUUUCCCCCAUUUUACAGUAAUGUAGCUGUUAAUAUAUAAUCUCCAUUGUCAAAGUUUCGAGAAGGGAUUUAGCUUUGAUUCUGAAGAAGAUACGACGAUGAUUGAUGAGAAUGGCGUUCUUCAACUGAACACUGGUUCUUCUGGGGAGCGAAGUCAUGGAGAUUUUGCAUGCCGUAAACCCAGGUGGUGGUGAUGAAUGAUGAUGGCUAGCUAUGUUGGAGAAGACAGGAUUAAACCCAGAGAAGGUGGUGAUGAAGAAUUAGACAAGGCCAGGAAGAGGAAAGAGGUUGAGAAUUCAGUUAAAAGUGAUGGAAUGAAGCAACGCUAUAUUGAAUCGAGCUUCGAUAAUAAUAAGACAUCAGACUUGGAAUUCUUCACAUAUCCCGAUCCAGAUUUCAAUGACUUCGAUAAGGACAGGAAUGCAGAGCGUUUUGUAGCAGGGCAGGUAUGGGCUGCUUAUGAUUAUCAUAAUGUCAUGCCUAGAUUCUAUGCAUGGAUCAAUAGGGUUUCUUCUCCUGGUUUCAAUGUUUGCAUAACCUGGUUAGAACCUCAGCCAAACGAUGAGAAUGAAUUUAAAUGGCUUUUGGCAGACUUGCCAUUUUCCUGUGGUGAGUUCAAGUAUGGAGAUUCUGAGCAAACACUAAAUCGUUUUAUGUUCUCUCAUGAAGUUUCUUGGGGGAAAGGUGAUGGAGGUACUUUUCUGAUACAUCCAAGAAAGGGAGAGAUCUGGGCUCUUUUUAGAAACUGGGAUUUUAGCUGGAGUAGUGAUCCGGCUGCACAUGGUCAGAAGAAUGAAUAUGAAUAUGUUGAAAUUUUGUCUGACUAUGUUACAGAUGUUGGAAUACAUGUUGCUCUAUUGAGCCAAGUAAAUGGAUUCGUGAGUAUUUUCUGUCGGAUGGAAAUGGUGGGUAAGAAGACAUUUCUUGUUCCACCAGGUGAGCUAUUGAGGUUUUCCCAUAUGAUUCCAUCCUAUAAAAUUGAAGGUAAUGAAAGAGGAGUUCCAGUUGAGUCUUUCGAACUUGAUCCUGCUGCUUUGCCUCUAAUCAAUUCCAUGGUGGAGGGUGAUAGUGACAUGCCAAUGGCAAUGAUGAUUGAUGAGAAUGGCAAUCUUGGGAAUGAACCAAAGAUUGGAUUUUCUGGAGAACAAAAUAUCUGGAGAUUUUCAUGCCUUAAACGACAGGUCUCUUGCAAGGAAAACUUAACUGGUGAUUGUGACUAUGUGAAUGUGAGUCCUUUAAAGAGUGAAAAGGAAAAGAUAUCCAAAGAUAUCUUAUGUAAUGAAGAUGGUGUACCUAAUGGUAAUGGAGACAAUGCCAGUAAGUGGAAAGAGCUUAAAGAGCCAGUCAAAAUAGACGAUGCCAGUAUUGAUUCACCCUUGGAGGAGGCCCUGAGGGCCAGGGAGAUUGCUGAGAAGAAGAUGCAAAGUAAGGAGUUUGUGGUGGCUCGUAAGAUUGCUUUGGAUGCCCAACAACUUUAUCCUGAUGUUGAGAAUAUUUCUCAGUUGCUUAUCGUUUGUGAUGUACAUUGCUCAGCUGCACAGAAAUUAUCAGGGAAUGAAAUGGACUGGUAUGGAAUUCUUCAACUCGGGGAGAACGCAGAUGAGGCUACAAUUAAGAAGCAAUAUUUGAAGUUUGUCCACCAACUUCAUCAUGAUAAAAAUAAGUUUGCUGGUGCUAAAGCUGCGUUUCAACUGAUUACAGAAGCUCGAAGAGUACUUUUGGACAAAAAUAAACGUCUCUUACAUAACAUGAGACGCAAGUAUUCAAAGAGCGAAAAGCCUUCCACUUUUCGCACUGUCUGCCCUUAUUGUGCAGUAUGGUGCCAGUACUAUAAAGAAGUGGAGAAUAGAUUUGUUCGAUGUCAUAGUUGCAGGAAGUGCUAUAUAGCAAAUGCAGGAAGCCUAGAAAGAAUUGAAAUUCCAGAUCCUGAGUUUUACAACUUUGAUGUUGAAAAAUUCAAAGAUAAGUUUAAGCCUGGUCAGAUCUGGGCAUUUUAUUGUGAUGAGGAUGGCUUGCCAAAAGACUAUGGUAUGAUCAAGAAAAUUGAAUUUUGGCCAUCUUUCAAACUGCAUAUUUCACGGCUUGUUUCUGGGUACCUUUUUUCUUACAUUAUUAGAUGGUCUGAUAAGAAGAUGCCUGUUUCUUGUGGUAGAUUUGAGGUUGAAGAAGGUGAUGGUAAGGCCUACGACAGUGUCACUAAUUUUUCCCAUCUUGUAAAAGCAGAGCCAACAACACGUGAUAGUAAAAAUGAGUAUGACAUUCUCCCUAAGAAAGGUGAAAUUUGGGCCUUGUACAGGAACUGGAAUUCCUACAUCAAAUGUAUUGAUUUGGCAAACUGUGAAUACGACAUAGUGGAAGUUGUUUCAGCUAAUGUUUUACUAAUAAACGUUUCGGUUUUGGAACCUGUGGAUGGUUUUAACUCGGUAUUUAAGGCUCGAGUUCAGGGAGGAGGAUCAACCUUAACAUGGAGUAUUCCCCAGAUUGAUUUUUUCAAAUUCUCACACCAGAUUCCCGCUUUUCGCCUGACUGGAGAAAGAGGUGGCAAGCUUAGAGGCUUCUUUGAACUUGACCCUGCUGCCUUACCUUCUCAUUAUUUUUGCUCAAACUAGGUCCAGGGCUUUCCUAUAAAAGGGUUGAACGUGACAUUUGAAAGAAUCCCACAAUACCAUAUAUUGGGAAAGGUCCCAAAUGGAGGUCAAAGGAGAGACAACGGAAGUAUCUGUUUGGACCAGCGGCACUUUAGCUCACAACGGAUCACAAAUGGCUUUUUGGACCGGUGGCAAUUUGGGUUCACAACAGAUCACAAGUGGCUCUGAUACCAUGUUAGAAUUUGGGGAUAAGAUGAAUGAGGUUCCAUCUCAAAACUAAUUGGCAAUGGGAGGAGUAGCUCAUUCAUCUUAUAUAUCACAAUUUAUUUCUAUAUAUUAGCAAUGUGAGACUAACUCUUAAUAUAAGUUACUAAUUGAUAUUUUUUUUACUAAACGAUAAUUUAAUUUUAAUCGAACUGAAGAUUAUAAUACUAUGAGUUGAUAUAUUAUGAUCAGCUUGAAUACAAAAUAUUAUUUAACCAUCAGUUA